AUUUAGUUCAUCCUUGGAUCAUUUUUAGUACGCUCCUUGUUCUGCAGUGGUUUGGAUGUUGCGUGGGCGCCACCUUCUUGUCACAGCAGACAGCUCACUCUCAGCGUUGGACUGAAAAAGCCUCUCUCAGCUCUCUUCUGUCUCUGGCAGCAGAAAUGAUGCUUCAGCGCUACUCUUCAUGAGAUUACUGCAGACUGGAGUGGUGUGGCAGCUCUGCAGCUGAUGGGCUGCUGCUGCUCUUUCUAUCUUUAUCGCUCUUUUAAUUGGGACGUUGGACAGAAAUAAAUAGCUCAUACUGUUGGGAGGCAAAUGAAUGGAGCAGACUCGCAGGGGAUUUCCCUGGGUUGUCAUCAGACCAAUGGAUUUGGACACAACUUUUAAGCUGGCCAAUCUGUGUUUGGCAGAAUAAGUUUUUUUUGUUUUGUUUUGUUUUGUUUUGUUUUUUUUAUCAUUUGUACAAGAUCUAAAUGUCUGCAGACUGACCUUUUUGUGGAUUUCCACUGUUAAAAUUCACAACAUAUGUUUGGUUCAAGGAUGUGCACUGUAGCCAUUCUUCAUCAGUGGAGUCUGGCUGUUUUCUUGCUUUUCGCCCCAGUGACCCUUUAUGGAAGGCCUCUUGAUGCAGUUAGUAGCAGAACGAGAAGGUCAGUGAGCCAUGCCCAGCUGAUGCAUGACAAGGGCCGCUCCCUGCAGGAGUUUAAGCGUCGGUUGUGGCUGCAGGACUUGCUGGAGGAGGUCCACACGGCCGAUGAGAGAACUCCACCUCUGCAGAGCAGGACUCCAAGCCAAACCUUCAGUGGGAAUGCGCUUCACCAGAAGCCCCCAGGGGCCACCAAGAACCUCCCCGACAGGUUUAGACUUGACAGAGAGGGCCCUAACUUGCCCCAAGAGACCAACAAGGCUCUGGCUUAUAAGGACCAACCACUAAAGGUGGCCACAAAGAGGAAAAAAAAAGUGAGGCUCGGCCGGCGUCGUGAGAAUGACAAGAAACGAAGACGGGUGCGGUCCAUCAGAGCAAAGUGGCCACAAAGGAUGCAGUACCCCGGCUGAGACAUCCAAAAAGCCUUUGAGUGGUUCUGCACUGACACUGACAUAGGUUCAGCUGGACUGAGGUCAAAGAGACUUGAACACUGGCUGACUCAGUCACUUCAUAUUAUGGCCCCAGAACUGUGCUUGUAUGAUAAUAUUUCUGCUAGGUCUGUAUUUUUGUGCUUUAGGACAAUCUCAAUCUUCCUGGAGUUUCAUGAACCAUCAUCAAACAUCUACUUAAGUCCAUAUUUAUUUGGAAUAUUCACUCUGUAUCCCUGAGUAAUUCAAAACAAUGCCAUAUGGUUUAUUCUUUAACCAGCCGUGUGCACAACUAGGUAGAAUAUUUAUUCUCUGAAUAUAAUGUAACUUCACAAAAAUAGAAAUGCUGAGCUGUUUGCUUUUUUCAGCUCUUGAUGCGUUGAUAUUUUUGGACUCACAGACAAACUGUUUACUGAAUACAUCUGUUCAAACAGUUCUGCCAUAAUUUAUUUUAUUUUGAAAGUGUGUAUUUAUUUUGUGAAUGUAUCAUGGUGCUGCUGACUAAAUUCCAUAAUGCACUUUAGUUGUAUCCUGUACAUGUUCUUUUGUGGUUAUGUUUUGAUUUGAUGUUUCUUUUUGAUUGUUCUAAUUUCUGUGCUCCCCUUAGAUCCUUCAUGGACUCGUAACUUAUUAGACGCUUCAUCUAACCACCUUUUAUUAUUUUACAUUGUAGUUUAUUUUUAUAAAACGACCCUGCGUCAGGGGCUGUCAGAUACAUUUAAUGUUCUUUCACUUGCACUGAGGGCAAAAUGUACAUAA